GGCGUAUUGAGAACCCCUGCCUUGUAAAACACAAUAGCGCACCGUGGCACUAAUCGCGGUAAUUGCGUUUAUUACAGAAAAAAAGAGGCAUUCGUCACGCUAACGUAACAUUCGAUUACGACUCCCGUGAGGCUGAGACGAAGCGGUUUUCGACGAUGAAAGCAGUAAUACAACGAGUUUCGAAGGCUUCUGUCUCAGGUGCAAACUAGUAAAUUAUAACGUUCAAUCAUAUUAAAUAACAAUGGCUGCUGACGAGAAGAAACAAAACAAGCUUGGCAAAUUGAAAGAACAAACUCAACAGGAUGAGAAAGACAUGGAACCUGACACAAAAAAUAUAGAAAACACAGACAAACCAAAAGUAGAAAAAGUUUCCAUUCCUAAAGAUGAUGCAUCCGAUAAUCAACAGUCACAAGAAAGUCAGACAGAUCCUGAGGAUACUGAAACCGUGGAGCAAUUAAAGAAUCAGCUGGGUAUGUUAAUGAAUCAGUUGGCCACGUUAUCGGCAGAAAAAUCGAAGAUGGAAGCUAACUUCCAAAUCGAUAAGAAGCAACUAAGAAGCGAACGUGAUGAAUGUGAAAAAGUAAUCAAAGAUCUAAAAGACAGGCUGAAGAAGGCUCAAAAUGUCAAUCAUUCCGAAAUCGAGCAUGUAAAGUGCAAAUUAAUCAUGGAGCGACACGAGAGAGAGAAAGAACACGCGGACUUCGUCAGGAAGACAAAAGAGUUACAGAAGCUGCUACAAGAUGAGCAACGCAAUAAGGAACAGCUGGAAGGACAAUUGAAGACACACCUCGCAAAUAAGACACAGUGCAAAAUCCUCGAAGCCGAAUUGGAGAUUACCAAGUCCAAGCUCAAGCAGGCUGAAGAAGCGGCGAAGGAAACGCCGCCGCUCCUACUCUCUCUGCAAGCCGAAAUGGCAGUAAUGAAGAAGCAACACUUAAACGCGAUUCGUGAAGAGCAAAAGAGAGUCGCCGCCGCGGAACAGCAAGCGAGAGGAUUAGCAAUGAUACAUGAAGCAAGAGUAGCCGGAUUGGAGGCACGGUUGGCCGAACUCUCCGAGAUUGUUGGAGGCUAUGACAGACUACGGCAACAAGAUCAAGUAGCCAUUCAGAAAUUAAAGGAUCAAUUGGCUGGUUUGCAGGACAUUGAGCACGAGACGAUAAUGUCGAAUAAUCAACCGGAAGAAAUUAUUUCCAAGAUAAAGGGUCUGUAUACUCGCCUACUCGAUCUCGAUAACAAGAAGAAGGACUCGGUUUACGUAAAAUCGUUGUUGAGUAGCUUGGAUCUGCGAGACGAGUAUACCGAUUAUAAGGAAAAAUAUGACAUGCUUCUGCAAGAAUUUGAAGAUUACAAGCACCAGAUGAUGUGCAAGUAUAACACAUCGUCUAAUCUGUUUCGUGGUGUUCAGCAACAAAGACAAAAUCUGUCUAUUACGCACGAUAAGGAUCACGAUAAAACCCAACUAAAUCUUCUCAAGGUUCAUAACAGUAACUUGGAGGAAAGGAUACGCAUGAUCAACAACGAAAUGCUAAAUAAAGAGAGAGCUUUGCAAGAGCAAUUGGAGCAUCAACAGAAGUUACAUCAAGAGGAACGUAUGAAGCUGGAGCACACGUUACAUCAAAAGGACAAUGAAUUCCGUAACAGGAUAUCUCUGCUGGAACAACAAUUGCUGCGUCAACGAGAGAGAUCCAUGGCUCUCGUGGAGGAAAAGGAUAAAGAGAUAUUGACUUUGAAAACAUCAUUUCGUGCGCUGCUACCGAACAAGGAGACUGCCGCUGCGAUAGAAAAUAAGACGCAUUUAAGAUACGAGAAUACAGUCGAGCCGAUUACCGAUUUGGUAACAGGAUUAUUGACGAACGACAGUCCUCCGAUACUGCAUUACACCCAGGAACUGGCGAGGAAGGAGGUGCAAAUGUCAUCGUCGAGGAAAAAGAUUCUGGAAUUGGAAGCGACGUUGAGGGAGCAACUGAGAGAGAUGCUCCACGUGAAGGAGCAGCAACAAGAGGAGACUAAAAUGUUGAAGGCACAUAUCACCAGGUUGGAAGCGUGUAAGUCGAGAGAAGGUGCCAAUUUGGAAUACCUGAAGAAUGUAUUCAUAAAUUACUUAACGACAAACGACGCGUCUAGUAAACGGCAUAUGUUAAAUGCCAUUUCAACAGUGUUGCGCUUUACGGCCGACGAGUUAAGUAAAAUUAAACAUUAAUAAUAAAUAGAUUUUUUUAUUGUAAAUAUACAUUAUAUAUAAUAGAAUAUAAUAGAAACUAUAAGUACACGAGCAAUUGUAGAUCUAAGGACGAAAUUAAAUUUCUUCCUGCGCCUCCA